CUUAGCUCUUCUUAGCUCCGCCGCACGGUAUUGCUACGAAUCGAGGGCCUGGCCUGACUCUAUCGAACCAUGCUCUCCAGGAUGAGACCGGCGCGCGCGCUCGCCACGCGCGCGGCGGCGGCGGCGGAAGAGUUCGCGACCGGCACGUCGUCGGCGUACGCGGACGCCCAGUACCUCGCCUGGCAGCGGGACCCGGCCUCGGUGCACUCGUCGUGGGCCUCCUACUUCGCGUCGGGCGCGUUCGCGCUCCCGCCGCAGCUCGGCGGCGCGCCCGCCGCCGGCGCGGCGGCGGCCGCGCAGGUGCCGGCGGGCGACGCGGAGUCGACGCUGCAGGGCCUCACGGGCGCGGACACGGCGCGCGCGAUGCAUCUCAUCGCCGCGUACCAGCGGCGCGGCCACGAGCGCGCGGACCUGGACCCGCUGCGCCUCGCCGGCGACCGGCCGCGGCUCCGCGACCUGGACCCGGCGACGUACGGCUUCGAGCCGGGCGACGCCGACCGGGCGCUCCGGCUCGCCUCCGCGCCCGGGUCGGCGGUCGCCGGCUGUGUGGAAAUCAACCAGUGCGUCGGGUGCACCCCGACGCGGCGAUUCAGGACGAACGCGCCGCAAAUUUGAUUUCCACACAGGUCGCCGGCCUCCUCGGCAACGCGGACGUGAACGACGACGGCCUGACGACGCUCGCCGAGCUCGACGACUUCCUCCGCGACACGUACCGCGCUGUGUGGAAAUCAACCAGUGCGUCGGGUCAGCGCUGGCUCCGUCGAGCGGUGAGGAACCGACAUCGCCACGCCAUCGAGCAGGCGUCGCGUCGAUGGCGUGGCGGUCGACGCGGCGAUCCAGGACGAACGCGCCGUAAAUUUGAGUUCCACACAGGUACUGCGGCACCGUCGGCGUCGAGGCCGAGCACAUCACGAACCUCUGCAAGCAGAACUGGCUCCGGUCGCGCAUCGAGGUGCCGCGGAAACCGCUGACGCUCGACGAGCGGACGCACGUCCUCGAGCGCCUCGCCUUCGCCGAAAAGUUCGAAAACGUCCUCGCGACCAAGUUCAACACGGCCAAGCGCUUCGGCCUCGAGGGCUGCGAGUCCAUGAUCGGCGGCAUGAAGACCAUGGUCGACGCGGCCACGCUCUGCGGCGUGACGGACGUCAUCAUCGGCAUGCCGCACCGCGCGCCGCCGGCGUCGCUCGGAGGGGCGCGGGGAGGGGCGGGGGGCUUCACGCGGCGCGCGCAGGCGGGCGCCUCAACGUGCUGUGCAACGUCGUGCGGAAGCCCAUCGAGGUCAUCUUCCGCGAGUUUUUGGGGACGGCCCGCGACCAGGCCGCGGGCGGCGCGGCGUGGUCGGCGUCCGGCGACGUCAAGUACCACCUGGGCACGGCGUACGACCGGUCGUACCCCGACGGCCGCAAGGUGCGGAUCGAGCUGCUCCCGAACCCGUCGCACCUCGAGGCCGUCACUCCGCUCGUCGUCGGCAAGGCGCGCGCGCGCAUGGACGCCCAGGGCGACGCGCGCGGCGACGCCGUGCUGCCCGUGAUCGUCCACGGCGACGCCGCGUUCGCCGGGCAGGGCGUCGUCUACGAGACGAUGCAGAUGGUCGCGCUCGAGGCGUACGGGACGGGCGGGACGAUCCACGUCAUCUGCAACAACCAGGUCGGCUUCACGGCGACGCCGGAGCAGGGCCGAAGCACGAUGUACGCGUCCGACCUCGGCAAGGCGUUCGGCGCGCCCAUCUUCCACGUCAACGCCGACGACCCCGAGGCGGUCUGCCGCGUCUUCGAGACCGCCGUCGCGUGGCGCCACGAGUUCAAGACGGACGUCAUCGUCGACCUCGUCGGCUACCGCAAGUUCGGCCACAACGAGAUCGACGAGCCGACGUUCACGCAGCCGAUGAUGUACGCCAAGGUGCGGACGCAGCCGUCGGUGCUGACCAAGUACCUCGAGACGGUCGCGGCCACGGAGCCCGUCGUGCCGGCCGCCGACGUCGCGCGGAUCGUCGCGCACGUCGACGACGUCUUCGCCCGGGCGUUCGAGGCCAAGGACACGUUCACGUGGGACCGCGACGUCUGGGGCCAGAACUGGCAGAAGAUCGUCACGCCGGCGGACGUCGGCCACGGCGCCUUCGGCAAGACGGGCGCGUCCCCGGACGCGCUCGCCGCCGUCGGCGCCGCGCUGUCGACGGUCCCCGACGGCUUCAAGCUCCACCGCCGCCUCCGGGGCCGCCUCGCCGGCUUCGCGGAGGCCGUGGCGUCCGGCGAGGGCGUCGACUGGGCGCUCGGCGAGGCGCUGGCGUUCGGCACGCUGCUCCUGGACGGCAUGCCCAUCCGCUUCACGGGCCAGGACGUCCAGCGCGGCACGUUCACGCACCGGCACGCCGUCGUCCACGACCAGGACGACGGCCGCGAGUACUGCUUCGUCAACCACAUACACGCGGACCAGCCGGCGAAGCUGGCCAUCCACAACAGCUUCCUCUCGGAGUACGGCGUCCUCGGCUUCGAGCUCGGCUACUCGUACGAGUCCCCCGACGUCCUGUGCAUCUGGGAGGCGCAGUUCGGCGACUUCGUCAACGGCGCGCAGAUCGUCAUCGACCAGUUCCUCAGCUCGGGCGAGGCCAAGUGGAUGCGCCAAACGGGACUCGUCGUCCUCCUGCCGCACGGGUACCAGGGCCAGGGCCCCGAGCACUCGUCCUGCCGCAUCGAGCGCUUCCUGCAGAACAGCGACGAGGACCCGGACGUCAUCCCGCCGGACCUCGACACGAUCGAGGGCCAGACGCGGCAGGUCCAGCUCAACAACUGGCAGAUCAUCAACCCGUCGCCGCCGGCGCGCGAACCCGUCCGAGGCGCCUUCUCCGACCCCCCCCCCCGCUUGGCUCGUCUCCGUCGGAAGACGCCUCGACGCGGUGUCGCUUCACGCGCGUCGCCGCAGGUCGACGCCGGCGAACUACUUCCACGCGCUCCGUCGCCAGCAGCACCGCGACUUCCGCAAGCCGCUCAUCGUCGCGUCGACCAAGGCGCUGCUCCGCCACAAGCUCGCCGUCUCGUCGCUCGACGAGUUCGCCACCGGGUCGCGGUUCCGCCGGACGUACGGCGAGGCGUACCCCGACGAGGUCGUCGCCGACGCCGACGUGCGCCGCCUCGUCCUGUGCUCGGGAAAGAUCUACUACGAGCUCCUCGAGGCGCGCCGCCGGCUCGACGGCCCCUCGGACGUCGCGCUUGCCCCCGCGCGGAGAUCAACGUCCCGGGCGCCUUGCCUUCACUAUCUGCCCGACGCUAGCCGGAUGUGCCCGCCGAGGCGGGGACCUUUCGCGAAGCACCCUGCGCUCGAGCCGCCUGACCGGCAGAUGUCCACGCAGGCUCGUCCGCGUCGAGCAGAUUUCGCCGUUCCCGUUCGACCAAGUCGCCGCGUACGCCGCGACGUACGCCAACGCGGAGGUCGUCUGGGCCCAGGAGGAGCCCAAGAACCAGGGCGCCUGGUAUUUCGUCCGCGACCGCAUCAUGACCGCCACGCGCGUCCUCAACCGCCGCGAGGUCCGCCCGGGCUACUGCGGCCGCGAGACCAUGGCGUCCACCGCCGAGGGCUACGGCGCCGUCCACGACGCGCAGCAGAAGCACAUCAUCGACGUCGCCCUCUCCGACGAGCUCUCGGCCCUGCCGUUUGGCGCACUCGCCGCGGAGGAUGACCGCGAGGCGGCCGCCUGAGCCUCGCCGGUUGUUCUCCCUCCCGCCGCUAGGUACCGGGCUAGAUCUAACGCAAGCUGGCCAACGAACCGAUAAGGCCAGACGACAAGUCGAGGCUGAACCCCGGAUGCCAGUGACCGGUCCGAGUCGCAAUCCAGCUGCCGAAAGUAAGCCUCGGGGAACUCGGAGGAAUAAGAGUAAGGCUUUGCCUGGCAC